AUGGCAGUAUCUGAUGGUAAAGCAAUGUUUUUAAAAUCAGUUGAUUGCUCGGGGGAGAUUAAGGAUAAGAAUUUCAUUUUCAGGUUGCUAAAAGAAGUUAUUCAAGAAGUAGGAGAGGCGAAUGUGGUUCAAGUAAUCACAGAUAAUGCUGCAAAUUGUAAGGGAGCAGGGCAAUUGAUUGAGCAGGAAUUCCCAUCUAUUACCUGGACACCGUGUGUUGUUCACACAUUGAAUUUGGCUGUGAAAAAUAUUUGUGCUGCAAAGAAUGUUGAGAGCAAUCAAAUAACUUAUGAGGAAUGCAGCUGGAUUUCUGAUAUUGUAGGUGAUGUUGCUGCAAUAAAGCAUUUCAUUAUGAAUCAUUCUAUGAGAUUGGCCAUCUUUAAUGAGUUUGUGAGUUUGAAGUUGCUUUCUAUUGCUGAUACUCGUUUUGCUUCAAUGAUUGUGAUGCUGAAGAGGUUCAAGUUAAUAAAGAGUGGUCUCCAAAAUAUGGUGAUAAGUGAAAAAUGGAAUAUUUAUAGAGAUGAUAAUCUUGGGAGAGCCAGACAUGUGAAGGAAAAAUUAUUGGAUGAUUGUUUUUGGGAUUCAGUUGAUUACAUACUUGCCUUCACUGCUCCUAUUUAUGAUAUGAUCAGAGCUUGUGACACUGAUAGAGCUUGUCUUCACUUGAUAUAUGAUAUGUGGGAUGCAAUGAUUGUGAAAGUGAAGAAAGCUAUAUACCAUAAAGAGGGGAGAAGGAUGGAAGAGAGCUCCUCUUUUUAUGAUGUGGUGCAUCGCAUUCUUGUGGAUCGUUGGACGAAAAACUCAACUCCACUACACUGUUUGGCACAUGCUUUGAAUCCCAAAUACUAUAGUCAACAAUGGCUUCAGGAAGAUUCUAGUCGAGUUCCUCCACACAUGGAUUUAGAGCUUACUCAAGAGCGACAAAAAUGUUUAAGGAGAUUCUUUCCUAGCAUGGAGGACCGAAGCCGGAUUAGUUUGGAGUAUGCAGAUUUUAUUAGCAACAGUGGAACCUUUGGCGAUUUUGAUGCCAUCAAUACUCAAUACACUAUGGAUCCGAAAUCUUGGUGGCUACUUUAUGGUACCUUUACACCGAUGCUUCAAAAAAUAGCAUUGAGACUUGUGCAACAACCCUCUUCUUCAUCAUGUGCUGAACGCAAUUGGAGUACUUAUUCUUUUGUGCAUUCCAUCAAGAGGAAUAAAAUCACUCCAAAACGUGCUGAAGACUUGGUUUAUGUGCAUAGCAAUCUUCGACUCUUAUCAAGAAAGACUCCUAGUUAUGCACAAGGAGCAAAUCAAAUGUGGGAUAUUGCUGGAGAUACAUUUGAUUCACUUGAUGAUAUUGGAGAUCUUCAAUUUGCUAGUCUUUCACUUGAUGAGCCAGAGAUAGAGGCCAUGAUUAUUCAAGAUGGAGAUGAAAAUAAUUGA